GAUAAAAAGUUCCGCUGACUUUCUUCAUCUCCUUUCUGUGUCAGGAGGAAGAGAAAUAAGAAGAAGAAGAAGAAGAAGUAGAGGAGCAUUGCGCUUCUGUCAUCGAAGAGGAGGAGGAGGAGGAGGGGUGAUGUGUGUGAGAGUGUGUGUGUGUGUAUGUGUGUGUGUGUGAUUGAGUGUGUGUGUGUGUGUGUGUGUGUGAAGUGAACCCCCCCCCACUCCCUCCUUCAUCAUUGAAACCCCAACGUCAUCAUACCAACAACCCAACCUGAGGUUACGCAGCAUGCUGAGGACCCGUAGCCAGCCGAAGUCCUGCUGAACACCAUGGCCCAGGCGAAAGGACGGAGAGAUGGCAUGGUGUCGUCCAACGAGAACCGGCGCCGCCCGCUGUCGUCGGGCGAGGUGGAGGGCGUGUCGUGGCGCGGCCCGCGGACCGUCUUCGUGCCAAAGAACUCGCAGGGCUUCGGCUUCACGCUGCGCCACUUCAUCGUGUACCCACCGCCCGAGUCCUCGCUGCACAGCCUCAAGGACGAAGAGAACGGAAACCCAACUGGAAGAGGUUGCCAGUGGUCCCGUUUGGAGCCGAUGGACACCAUCUUUGUGAAGAGCGUGAAAGAAAAUGGCCCCGCACAACAAGCUGGCCUGUGCACAGGGGACAGGGUGGUGAAGGUGAACGGGCAGAACAUCCUGGGGAAGACCUACUCUCAGGUGAUCAUGCUCAUCCAAAACAGUGAAAACAUUCUGGAGCUCUCUAUUAUGCCCAAAGAUGAGGAUGUGUUGCAGUUGGUAAGUGCGUACUCCCAGGACGCCUACCUGAAAGGCAACGAGCCAUCCGACGUGGCCCUCCCCGCGUCGCCGCCGCCUCUGUGCUACCCUCCCGCCAAGCCCGUCUCCUCCGGCCUGCAGCACAACCCCCAGAGCCCCCCGGACAACUGGCGCCCGGGCCCCGCCGCCUCCCCACUUGACAACCGCCCGGGCCCCGCCACUUCCACCCCCACCCCCGGCUGGCCCGGGGGCCCCGAGGAAUCCGAUGGCCACCUGGCCCCGCCGGGCGGUCACCGAGGCCGCUCCUCCUCGGCCUUCAACGUGCUGGACUUUCACUUCGCGAACCACAACGCCGCCAUCGCCUCCGCUACUCUGCCCGCGCCGCGGAAGAGCAGCCUGCCGGCCUCGGCCCACGCCGACACGCUCUGCCACCAGGCUCUGUCAAACUGGUACUACAGCCAGGCCGAGGCCGCCGAGAGCAUGUCCCCCCGCCACCGCAGCAUCUCUCAGGACUGCUUGGCAGAGCUGGGGCUGGGCUUGGCCCUCGGCCCCGGUCCCGCCUCCUUAACCUCCGUGGAGAAGCACCGAAGGGAAAACUUCCAGUUCCACCAGCAGGCGGCUGCCGCUUCGCAUGAUUCCCAUUGGUUAGGGGGCGGGGGAAGCAGGUCGUGCUCGGAGAGCCUGCUGGCAGCGUACGCCGAGUACGAGCACAACUACGGCCGCUCCGUGGAAACUCUGGCACAGGCCUCCGCGCUGGUGUCACCGCGCUACGAAGUCCCUCCGCCCGGGUCGCAAACAGUGAAGUUCAGAGAGCACAAAGACCAGAAGGUUCCAGCAGGGCAUCCGCACAACACCACAGCAACGUCCCCCAUCAUCACAGCCUCCUCCACAGUGCCCCCUAGUGGCAGGCGGUCAGGCCAGCAGGUGGCCGAGCCUCAAACACGCCGAGUACAAGAGGAGGAGCUGGUGGGCUACAAAAGCUACAGCCCGUCGUUCGCCCGCAAAGCCGGCCACCUCCUCCAGCAGGCCCACUCCUUCAGAGAGCCCAGCUACAGCGGCCCCAACCUCAACUGGAGCCCCGGCAACAGAGUGGACGGCGAGGGCGGCGUGGUACCCAGGCCCCGGUCCACCCCGGCCUUCUCGGAGCCAGAGGAGGAGGGAGCCCGACUGGGCGAUGACGGGGAGGCCGCCUCCCCCAUCUCCCUGAAUCAGGAGGUGGUCCUGAGGCAGAAGCCGCCUUCCGGUCGCCGAACCCCCGUUCAGGCCGUUCAACAUCCCCACUACGCCGAGCCCCCCAGUUUAGAAACGACACACGGGACCCCCUCUCCUGUCUCCGGGGGGCCCGUCACCAACCGCAGGGCUAACGGUAGCCUCGCACAGCAUGCAUACAACUCCCUGGCAUCCAUCCCCUUCAUCGAUGACCCCACCAGUCCUAGUCUUGACCUCCAGGCCUUCUAUGUGCCGGCCCGCUCUGUCGUGUCCAGUUCCCAGGCCUCCACCUUUGUCUCCCCCACCCUCUCCUCCACCUCCCCCUUUGUCCGACUUCGCUCUCGGGACUUCCGCAGCAUUAAGAGCCGCCGCUCCUCGUACCUGCUGGCCAUCACCACCGAGAGGUCCAAGUCCUGUGACGAGGGUCUCAACACCUUCAGGGAGGAAGGACGCGUCUUCUCCAAACUACCAAAGAGGGUGAAGAGCUUCUUCACUGACGGGUCUCUGGAGAGCCUGCGGGUCCAGGAGGAGGCCCGGUCCAAACGCCACUCCACCUCUGAACUGGGAACCAUCACCUUCAGUGACGUACGCAAGGAGGGCUGGCUGCACUCCAAGCAGAUCCUCACGGAGAAGGGCAAGAAAGUGGGCGGCGGCAUGCGGCCGUGGAAGCGCGUCUUCUCCGUGCUGCGCUCACACUCGCUGUUCAUCUACAAGGACAAGCGGGAGGCGGUCCUCCACGGGGCGGGGGCGGGGCCCGGCCAGGACGAGCACCCUCCAAUCAGCAUCCGCGGCUGCCUCAUCGACAUCGCCUACAGCGAGACCAAGCGCAAGCACACGCUGCGGAUGACCACGCAGGACUUCUGCGAGUACCUGCUGCAGGCCGAGGACCGGGACGACAUGCUGGCCUGGAUCCGGGUCAUCAGGGAGAACAGCAAGACCGACAACGAGGAGAUCGGCUUCUCCAGACAAGCUCUCAUCAGCAAGAAGAUGAACGACUACAGGAAGCACAGCCUGACAGGAAGUAAGCUGGACUCCUCCCCCAGAGCCCACCGGAUGAUGCCUCCCUUCCUCCUGGCAAAGACUGACAACACCUCCGUGAACCGAGCCUCCAGAACCGAUGACAUCAAAGCUCUGUGGGGCAUCAACAUCAUGAAGAAGGCCAAGAAGAGCGGCGGUCCGAAGGCGUUCGGCGUGCGGCUGGAGGAAUGCCAGCCGGCCGUCAACAACAAAUUCGUCCCUCUGAUCGUGGAGAUGUGCUGCGGCGUGGUGGAGGAGACGGGUUUGGACUCCACGGGUAUCUACCGGGUGCCGGGCAACAACGCCAUGGUGUCCAACCUGCAGGAGCACCUGAACAAGGGCAUGGACAUCAACACGGCGGAGGAGAGAUGGCAGGACCUGAACGUGAUCAGCAGCCUGCUCAAGUCGUUCUUCCGGAAGCUUCCCGAGCCGCUCUUCACCGACGACAAAUACAACGACUUCAUCGAUGCCAACCGGAUAGAAGACGCCGAGGACCGGCUGAAGACCACCAAGAAGCUGCUCCACGACCUCCCGGAUUACUACUACCACACCCUGAAGUACCUGGUGGGUCACCUCAAGAAGGUGGCGGACCACUGUGAUCAGAACAAGAUGGAGCCCAGGAACCUGGCCCUGGUGUUCGGCCCCACCCUGGUGAGGACGUCGGAGGACAACAUGACCGACAUGGUCACGCACAUGCCCGACCGCUACAAGAUCGUGGAGACGCUCAUCCUGCACCACGACUGGUUCUUCACCGCGGGGGGGCUCGACGAGGAGGAGAAGGCCCCGGAGGACAAGCGGGACAUGCAGCCGGCGCCCAACAUCGACCAUCUGCUGUCCAACAUCGGCCGGACCGGCAUGCCGGGGGAGGGGUCAGAUUUCACCAUCAGCGAUUCACUUAAAUCAAAGCUGUCUUCGCUCUCCAAGAAGGACCUGAGUGCCAGGGACUUCCUGCCCCGGUCCAUCAUCUCCGCCGUGACCCGCAAACGCAAGAAAUGCCUCAGCAGCCGACCGCAGGACGGCAGCACCGACGAGGACUCGGAGCACGAGCCGGUCAAAACCAGCAACUACGGGGGAGGAGGAAAAGGCAGGGGAGGGGGGGAGGAGGAAGAGGAGGCGGAGGAAGAGGAGGGAAAAAGAGGAGAGGGAGAGGCAGUCAAGGGAGAACGCACCGUCACCAAAAAGGACAAACGGGAUGAGAGGGAAAAGGCGAGAGAUCAUCCGCCUGGAGAGGAGGAGGCGGGACAGGAAGUGGGCGGCAGAAGGAGCGAUAAGGAGAGCCGGCGGAGGUCGGCGUUGCCGGGAAACCAAACGCAGCUUCGCUCGAAGAGUUUCCUUCAACUCAACGCCACGUACCCGAGACCCACCACCAUGACCGAGCCCCCUUCCCACUCCAGGCCUCCGGCCAGGAGACACCCCACAGUGCCCGUGUGGAUCUGCCCCGCCAGGCUCCCCAACCCGCUCCAGGCCUCCGGCUCGUACGGCGCCCAGCAGCCAGACUGGAACCAGUCGGCGCCGGUCCGCUACAGGAAGACGAGAGGCGGGAGGACCAGGGCCGUUUCCAUGAAUCUGGACUUGGAGCGGGUGGAGGUCGUCAGAGUCCUCGAGGGAGCACGCGGACGUGCCGGGGUUCCUCAGGGAUCCGUUGUGGGUCCUGGGUCAGUUCAAGAACUGGACCGCGUCCCUCGGGUGCGUCGCGCUCUCUCCUCCUCUUCCUCCUCGGUGUGGAUCGAUCAAAGCUCCCCGGGAUCUCACCCCGUGGUCCUGAGGCGGUCGGCCCUGGACCCGCGGGACAGGACCAGGGCGUGGCGGCGCCACACGGUGGUGGUUUAGUCCACUCACAGACUCUGGGUCCACGGGGGUCUCUUCCCUCGAGGCACAGAGACCCGAUGGGACCGGCUGUGGAGGUUCAUUCCAAAAAUGAAUACAAUGUGAAACUGGGUCUGAAGUUAACAGGCAAGUCCUCCUUUCACCCUCAAGCUCCUCCCCUUUUAACCCUUUACUUACAGAAUAACCGUCCAUGUCGUCGUACGUCUUCAGAACAUCAGAACUGAGGUUCUGCUAUUUCUGGCAAAAUUCUUCACCAACAAUCUGAUCUCUGUUCUCAGGAGAAGUUGUUUCUUUUUUACCUUGUGUGUUUGCACACACUCACACACGGAGGACACGCGAGUGUGCGUUAGCUCGGUCGCUAACAGGAAGUGGAACAGAAGAACACGUUCAUCCAAAUAACUUUACAUGAUCAAAUCUGUGUUUUUAGUGAACGAGGCAAACAUCUGGAAGUGAAAAUGAAGCCAUAACACGACACGCAGACCUUCAAUAUUAAAAAAAUGCAGAAGAACUUCUUAACGUUAAAAGUAAUGUUGGCGAACAAUGCUCCCCUUUCAUAAACCACGAGAACACACACUGACAUAUUCCCACGUGUCGCUCCAUGAAGGAGCGAGAGCUCAGAGCUGGAGGAGUUCAUGAAGCCAUCGAACACAUCCGAGACGAUCUGGUGAGGAUCGCGUCACAGUGCAGCUCUGAUUACAACCACUAGGUGGUGCCAAAGGUGAGGAGUUGACAUCCUGCACGUCAGGCCUUCUAGUGUCAUUUCUAAAACCAACUGUCAAUGAUAUUUAAAAUAUAAUAGGAGCACAAAUGGGAGAAAGCCAUAUGAGACAUUUUAAAUUCAACUCCAGAGCUGCUGUGACAACGUGCCGUCACUCGCGCUCACCUGUCACGUGACCAACACAACGCGGCACCGAUCAGUUUACAAGCUCUUCAGGGCGUCACGCCGAAGCAUCCGUGGACUAUAUAUAUAUUAUAUAUAUAUAAAUAUGGAUAUAUAUAUAUAUGUAUAUAAAAAAAUAUAUAUAAAUAUGGAUAUAUAUAUAUAUUGUGUGCAUGGGGUCAGUGACAUUAAAUAUGCAAAUAUCGCGCUUCCCUUUGGGGGGGGGGGGGGUCAAAGUGUUAAAGGCAGCUAAUCAAAGUGAUGCCAAAUGAUUUGUUGUUAGUUUUCUUCUAUUCGGUCGUCUGUGUACAACAUUAGAGCCGAGAGAGAAUCCCCGUGUUCCUGAGUGACGUCACGGGAGCCGCUCCAGAGUCCGGGGCCUCGGGGCCCCUGUGCGUGUCCUGUGUGUACGUGGGUGGCUGUGCGUGGACCAAUUUUUUGUAACAGUUGUACAGAGCCUUGUUAAGUUAACCCGUGUAUAUAAUUAUUAUACAUAAUAUAUUAAAUUAUUUGUUUUGGA